AGCGAACAGAAUUUCAACAAAACAUGAGAGACCUCCCAGGAGAGUCAAAAGACCACCAGCUUACGGUGGCACUUCGUAUCCGCCCAAUCAAUGAGGGUGAAAUAGAGGAGGGGGCAACCAUCGUAGCUCACAAGGUGGAUGAUCAGAUGGUUGUCCUUAUGGAUCCCUCUGAGGACCCUGAUGAUGUUCUGCGGGCAAAUCGGUCAAGAGGGAAAACGUACAUGUUCGAUGUGGCAUUUGAUGUAACAGCAACCCAGGAAGAUGUUUAUGUGGCAACCACAAAGAAUUUAAUUGAAGGGGUUAUUUCAGGUUACAAUGCCACUGUCUUCGCAUAUGGGCCAACAGGAGCAGGAAAGACUUACACAAUGCUGGGGCUUGACUCUGAGCCAGGGAUCUAUAUUCGGACCUUGAAUGACCUUUUCAAAGCUAUUGAGGCGAGCAGUGAGGAUAUGAACUGCGCUGUCUAUAUGUCAUAUCUGGAGAUCUACAAUGAGAUGAUUCGUGACCUUCUGAACCCUGCGUCUGGGUAUCUGGACCUGCGUGAAGAUGCCAAGGGUGAAAUCCGGAUUGCAGGCAUUACAGAGUUCUCCACCAACAAUGCAAAAGAGAUAAUGCAGCUGCUCACCAAAGGGAACAAACAGCGGACUCAAGAGCCCACCGCCGCCAACAAAACGUCGUCCCGCUCUCACGCCAUCCUGCAGGUGACAGUCAAGCAGAAGAGCCGAGUGAAGGACAUCAACGAGGAGGUGCGAGUGGGGAAGCUCUUCAUGAUCGACCUGGCUGGUACAGAAAGAGCUUCACAGACACAGAAUCGAGGGAAGAGGAUGAAGGAAGGGGCUCACAUUAACCGGUCUCUGCUUGCCUUGGCCAACUGCAUCAAUGCCCUGAGUGAGAAAGGCGGUAAAGGGGCCCAGUUUGUUAAUUACCGGGACAGCAAACUGACUAGAUUACUUAAGGACGCUCUCGGUGGAAACAGCAGAACAGUGAUGAUCACUCAUAUAAGUCCCGCAAGCACUAAUUUUGAGGAGUCUAGAAACACCCUGAUCUAUGCAGACAAGGCCAAGAACAUCAAAACUAAAGUAAAACGCAAUCUGCUAAACGUCUCCUACCACAUAGCCCAAUACACCAGCAUCAUUGCGGAUCUUCGCAAAGAGAUUGAGAGAUUAAGAGCCAAGAUCGAUGAACAGGGUCAAGAGCAGCAGAAGAAGGGAGAGAAGGCGGACAUACGUGAUGUCCAAGCGGAGGUCCAGCAGCAUUCAGCCCAGUACAGUCGCAGGGAGAUGAGCCGUCUGCGAGAGCAGCUUCUCUGUGCCUUCAGGGAGCAGAUGGAGAUCCGGCGCAGCCUGGUGGAGCUGGAGAAUUGCAACAUGGAGCUCCACAUCGACACCUCCAGGCACCUGGUCACCAUCUCAGACUGGGAAAGGGAGAGGGCCCGAUGUGCAAAGAAGUGGAGAGAGGAGAAGCGCAGCGAGAAGGCAGACAAAGGCAAGGAGGAGCAAGAUGAGGACAGUGGGAGCGAGGAGACGGACUCUGUUGAGCCCCAAGAUGUGGCAGCGGCUCGGGAGGAGAUCGGCACGCUGUUGGCUGAGCAGCGGAAAACCAUGGCUAUAAAGUCAGACCUGGAAGAGAAGCUGGCCAACAUGAAGGUUAAGUCCUCCAAGAUGGAAGAGCUGCUGCCAAAGCGGAUUAACAACGAGGAGCAACGAGAAAUUCUCACGCUCCUUUGCAAGGUGCAUGAGCUGGAGGUGGAGAACACAGAGAUUCAGUCUGCUGUGCUGUGCAAGGAGAACUUGCUGCGCACCAAGGACUUCAUCAUCCAGCGCCACGAGCAGCACCGGGCACUGUGUGAUGAGAUCAUACAGCAGCAGAAAUCCAUUAUUGAAGACCAUCAGAUCCCAGUGCCCCAUGAGCUGGAGCAGCUUUAUAUGUUGUACUUCAGUGAGCUAAGAGAUGGAAGCAUAGACCAAAUUCUCAAACUCCAUACAAUGACAUCCACCAUAAUGAGGAAUGGAUCAAUAUUUGAUGUGGCAAGACAGCUGAAGCUAGGGGAUCUGACUCCUGACAUGGAUAAAGAUGAACUCAGCCCAAGGGUAACUCUCCAAGAGAGCAGGACAGCUGGGAAUAAGUAUCCACCUCCUUCAGCUCCUGCUCGGGAAAGCGACAGCAAUAAGAUAUUCAAAUCCACUUUGAAAUCCCACCAAAUGAAACGGAGUCACAUUCCAUCCACCCCACCUCCAUUAACUCAGCUCACCAAGGACAGCAACCGUCAGGCUGAGCAGGUCAGCCCAGAGACCAUGAAGGAGAUUGUGCUGGACACCAAGAGCAUCUCUCUCAUUGCGGCCAAGCGGCGGUCCCGCAUGCAGGCCAUGGAGUCAGCCAAGCCCCAGUGCACCCCCGCCGCUGCCUCCGUCAAGACAGCCGCCAGCGUGGACAACCUGGUGCUCUGUGUGCCGGAUGAGGCGGAGCCAAAGAGGGCGACGCCGAAGGCUCCUGGGAGCUUGCACUCCAACUCAAAGAAGGACCCGCACAGAGCCAUCUGGAGGAAUGACUCCAUCGAGAGGCGGGCACGGAAGAAGCGAUCCAAGUCCUUCGAGGUGAACUCCAAACGGAAACCCAAGAUCAGCACCUCCAGGAAUCCAGGUCUUGAAAGCAUUUCGGACAACAGACUUGUACAACAUUCACAAAAUGCAAACCAGUUUUUGCAAAAAAAUGUGGGAAAUCCAUCAACACCACCAGCAACCAAGAUUAAAUAUCCCAUCUCUCAUCACACAGGUGAAAGCCAAAUCCAGAAUUUGGAGAUGCGAGGCACCCCACCCAGCACUGUCCACCAGAAAAAUGCAGAGGGAAGAAGAGGUCAGACCAUCCACAAACGAGUCAGAGGCCCUUCAGAAAUUCUAAGCACAAACCAGCUUCUUCUGCAGCCUGGGAAUUUCAAGCGAAUUACCAACGCUAAUGCAAAGCACAAGGGAGCAACUGACAGCAAGAACAAAAGUGAAACCCGCCUCAAAAAAGGAGCCCAGUGA